GCAGUGUUACUAGUUGUAUGUGUGAAGGUGCGUUGUAUAUUCAGUCAUCAUGGAGUCAUUAUUAAACGCAGAUAGCCUUGUGGAGUGGUCAAACGGUUUUGAAUCCGUUCAUAAUAAAAAAGGUACUUUCCGGAGCCCGAAGUAUAAUGAAGUACACAAGAGGUCUAUCGAAAAACCCGAAGAAUUUUGGGGUGAGGUAGCAGAACUUAUAACCUGGACUAAACCAUGGACGAAAGUAAUGGAUAAUUCUAAUGAGCCUUUUACAAAAUGGUUUGUUGGGGGAGAACUGAAUGCUUGUUAUAACGCCGUCGAUCGUCAUGUACAUGGAGGAAAAGGGAAAAAAGUUGCCUUGAUUCACGAUAGUCCACUAACCCAAACCGUUCAGAAAAUAACUUAUUUUGAGCUACUGGAUAAGGUUUCUCGUUUGGCUGGUGCACUCAAUAAGCUUGGCGUAAGGAAAGGAGAUCGGGUUGUAAUAUACAUGCCAGUCGUACCUGAAACUAUUAUAGCCAUGUUAGCAGUUGUUCGGCUGGGGGCCAUACACUCUGUGGUGUUUGGAGGUUUUGCUGCUAGCGAACUUGCCCUCCGUAUAGAACACGCAACUCCAAAGGUAGUCAUCGCUGCCAGUUGUGGCGUCGAACCUGGUAAAGUAAUUAAUUAUAAACAAAUGCUUAAUGAAGCAAUAAAGAUUAGCUCAUUCAAGCCACGCAGAUGCAUAAUCCUUGAGCGAGGUAACAUCCAGAAAUCGGUAUUAAAUAAAAAUAUGGAUAUAUCGUGGGAUAAUGCAUUAAAUAGUAGCGAUCCCCAUCCAUGUGUUCCAAUUAAAGCCAAUGAUCCGUUAUACAUUUUGUAUACAUCGGGAACUACAGAUAAACCAAAAGGUGUAGAAAGGACAGUUGGUUAUUUAGUACCAGUUGCGUGGUCUAUGAAGGCUAUACACGGAAUGGAGAAUGACGACGUUUGGUGGGCGACGAGCGAUUUUGGAUGGGCAGUGGGACAUACGUAUAUGUGUUAUGGACCUUUAGUAUGCGGAUUAACAAGUGUUUUGUAUGAAGGAAAGCCAAUUCGAACUCCUGAUGCCGGCCAAUACUUUCGCAUUAUAGAAAAAUACCAAGUAAAUGCUAUGUUUACGGUUCCAACAGCUCUACGUGUUAUUAAACGUGAAGAUCCAUGUGCCAUUAUUGGCAAGCAAUAUGACAUCAGUAGCAUAAGGUGCUUGUUUUUGGCAGGAGAACAUUUAGAUCACGAAACAAAAAUGUGGGCAGAAGAUGCAUUUGGUGUUCCAGUAUUAAAUCAAUGGUGGCAGACAGAAACUGGUUAUCCUAUUACAGCUACAUGUGCUGGAUUGGAUCACAACUUACAUCCGCCAAAGCUGACUGUAGGAUUGCCUUUUGCAGGUUACGAUGGUAACAAGCCUAUUGAAAAUGGGUCAAACGGAGGUGCUCUGCGCUUUUUAAUCCGCUUUAGGGGUUUUUCACCAGAUGAUUUGAGAGAAAUUCAAGUGCAGGAUUGUACAUCAGUUACAGAGAUAUAA